GGACGUGGGCUGUCACGCGUCAUUGGGCAGAUUAUGUGCAGCAAACAAAAAGUGUGUGUCUGCGUGCCAGUCAGUCACUGCAUCGGGUCCAUCUGUACAACUCUCCUCUCUCUCUCUCUCUCUCUCUCUCUCUCUCUCUCUCUCUCUCUCUCUCUCUCUCUCUUCUUGCUCUCCCAUCAUUUCACUCUCCCCAUCUCUCCAGCUCUCUGCCCUCUCUUUAGGCAGAGCCUCCUAGAGAGCAAUACUUACACCCCUGGACAUGGACACGCACUGAUACAAAAGGCGAAAGAAACAGUGGAGAGCAUCUCCUCCGGGUUCCAGGAGGCGGUUUUUUUUUGGCCGUUGCAUCCCCGACCUUCUUACUGUGAUGGAGGAUUCGGGCAUCCAGCGAGGCAUCUGGGACGGGGAUGCCAAGGCUGUCCAGCAGUGUCUGACAGAUAUUUUCACCAGCGUUUACACCACCUGCGACAUUCCCGAGAACGCUAUAUUCGGUCCCUGUGUCCUGAGCCAUACUUCCCUGUACGACAGCAUAGCUUUCAUAGCUCUCAAGUCCACCGACAAAAGAACAGUUCCUUACAUCUUCCGGGUAGACACCUCCGCAGCAAGUGGUUCCUCAGAAGGUCUCAUGUGGCUGCGUCUGGUCCAAUCAGCCAGAGAUAAAGAGGAGCAGAACCUGGAGGCCUAUAUAAAAAACGGACAGCUGUUUUACCGCUCUCUCCGCAGGAUUGCCAAAGACGAGGAGUUACUAGUUUGGUACGGGAAAGAACUGACUGAGUUACUCUUGCUCUGCCCCUCUAGACCCCACAGCAAAAUGAAUGCAGGGUCGCCCCCUUACACAUGCUUGGAGUGCAGCCAGCGUUUUCAGUUUGAAUUUCCCUACGUGGCGCACCUGCGCUUCCGCUGCCCCAAGAGACUCCCCAGCGCGGACAGGAGCCCCCACGACGAGCAAGGCGGUGGCGGCAUGGGCACCAAGGACCACGGGAGCGGCGGCGGCAAGGACCAGCAGCAGCGGCAGUCGCAGGAGGCCUCGCCCUUGGGUCCGGGCCCCAAGUUCUGCAAAGCCGGCCCCAUCCACCACUACCCGGCCCCCUCCCCCGAGGGCAGCAACCCUCCCGCGGCUGGCGGCGGCGGCACCACCAAGCCCUCCACGGACUUCCACAACCUGGCCCGGGAGCUGGAGAACUCGGGGGGCGGCGGCAGCUGCUCCCCGGGCCGGAGCCUGGGCGGCAGCGGCGGCCACCAGGAGGCGGAGCUGAGUCCCGACGGCCCCGCCGCCGGCCCAGGCAAAGGGAAGAGGAAAUUCCCCCCGGAGGACGCGGCCGAGGGCGGCGGCGGCGGCGCGGGGCUGGUGGGGGCCCGCGGCCGGCUCCCCGAGCGGCCCCCGCCCGCCUCCAAGGAGGACCUGGUGUGCACGCCGCAGCAGUACCGCGCCGCGGGCAGCUACUUCGGCCUGGAGGACACCGGCCGCCUGUUCGCGCCGCCCAGUCCCGAGACGGGCGAGGCCAAGCGCAGCGCCUUCGUGGAGGUGAAGAAGGCGGCCCGCGCGGCCGGGCUGCAGGAGGAGGCGGCGGCGGACGGCGGGGACGACCAGGAUGCGGGCAGCGGCGGCGGCUCCUCCACGCCCGUGGCCAGCUCGCCGGCCGCCGGUGCAGAGAAGCUGCUGGCCCCGCGGCCCGGGGGCCCGCUGCCCGGCCGGCUGGAGGGCGGCAGCCCGGCGCGGGGCAGCGCCUUCACCUCGGUGCCGCAGCUGGGGGGCGCCGGCGGCGCGGGGGGCGCGGGCUCGGGGGGCGCGGGCGGCCCGGGCGCGGCGUCGGACGAGCGCAAAAGUGCCUUCUCGCAGCCCGCGCGCUCCUUCGCGCCGCUGUCGCCGCUGGUGCUGGGCCAGAAGCUGGGCGCGCUGGAGCCCUGCCACCCCGGCGACUCCGUGGGCCCCGCCAGACUCUACCCCGCCGCCGGCGACCCCCUGGCGGCCGUGAAGCUGCAGGGCGCCGCCGAGCUGAGCGCGGGUGCGUGCGCGGCCCUGCCCGGCAGCGGCGGCGGCGGCGGCGGCCUCCCCCCGAAGCAGAGCCCCUUCCUCUACGCCACCGCCUUCUGGCCCAAGAGCGCGGCGGCCGCGGCCGCGGGGCCCCUGCAGCUGCAGCUGCCGUCGGCGCUCACGCUGCUGCCGCCCUCCUUCACGUCGCUGUGCCUGCCCGCGCAGAACUGGUGCGCCAAGUGCAACGCCUCCUUCCGCAUGACCUCCGACCUGGUGUACCACAUGCGGUCGCACCACAAGAAGGAGUACGCCAUGGAGCCCCUGGUGAAGCGCAGGCGGGAGGAGAAGCUCAAGUGCCCCAUCUGCAACGAGUCCUUCAGGGAGCGCCACCACCUGUCCAGGCACAUGACCUCCCACAACUGACCCGGGAGGGACCCCAGCUCUCCACGCACAGCCAAGCCACCUGUAGGCACAAGCACAGGAGGGCACCCACCGCCUCCCUGUGACCUGAAACAUUGCACCCUGAGGGACAUCUCUCACACACACAACUCUUCUCUUCUCUUCUCUUCUCUUCUCUUCUCUUCUCUUCUCUUCUCUUCUCUUCUCUUCUCUUCUCUUCUCUUCUCUUCUCUUCUCUUCUCUUCUCUUCUCUUCUCUUCUCUUCUCUUCUCUUCUCUUCUCCCAUCCAGUCAUCUCAUUCAAAUGUUUACCUACAACUACACUACACACACACACACACACACACACAGGCACAAGCACACGCACACAGGAGACAGGAUGGUGGAUUUUUGAUCGGGUGGGUUGUUUGAGGGCUUUUUCUUUUCAAUGCACGCAUUUUUUUUCACUUUCCCCAGAACAAGGAUACAUUUUUAAAAUGUCAUAUAUUGCAACAUAUUGAUGCAUUUGUCAUACGUUUCUACUUAAAUUAUUAAGCACUUACAGUCUAGAUGUAAUAAUUAUAUGUAAGGGCAAAAUUUAUUUUAGAUAUGAAGGAAAGGAGGAGGGUGAGAUGCUUUCUGCAUUGACCGAUGAUGACGGUUUGCGUUCUUAUAAAAAAGGCGGUUUCAGGGGGAAGUGCAUGUAUCAUGAAAUGACUAUGGACUUCAAUGAAGAAUAUCAUCGUUAUGUAAAUAUGUAUUUCCUUUUCAUACAAAGUGUAACUUUUGUGCCGGUGAAAUGGAGUCUGAAAUAGUUACGUGUUUCUUUUAUCCCUGGAAAGAUUUAUUAAUCUUUAUAGAUUAUCCGGGUAUGUUGGAUGCUUUGACAAUAAAUGACUAUUUUCUUCAGAGCAA